AUGUAUCAAGUGAACCAAACAAACGUAAGGUUAGAUAAUCGAAUCGCAAAAACGGUAUCUUCGAUAAAGAAGCUUUCAAUUCAGCAUGUGAAUCGUGAUUUAACGGUAACGAUAUAUUCUUUUAAUGACAGUAAUUUAAUUCUGGCGCAGUUAUAAACGAUUAUUGAACGACAGAGUUCAAUGACAAUUGUUUGGCAACUAUGUAUUCGUCGACCAGUCAUGUAUAAAGAUAAAAAAGAAAAAGAAAUACAUAACCUACGUGACAUAAUUCAUUUUCAGAUGCUUUGCGUAAAAUAUGUCAAGAAAACUAGUGCCAGGACUCUGCUCAAUGUACUUUCAAAGAACUGUUACUCUCGACGUAGCGAUAAAAGCAUCAAUUCGUACAAAACUGUUCAGACAAAUGGUGAAAACCUAAAUGAUGUGGACGGUGCUGUACUUGGAAUAAAUUCGAACUGGGAACUCUUAACACCAAGGGGAUUCAGAUUUUAUUUACCAGGAAGUAUCGGACCUGGCUGGUCGGAUGUAACGACUACCAUUCAAGUUAGAACGCAAUUAGUCGAUCUUCCUGGUAGCAAUAAUAAACAAAUUUCAACAAAUAGUUCAAAAGAUAAACCUGUUCGUCGACCGAGUCGUUUGAAAGGGAACAAUCAGCAGCAUUCGAUGCUCCACUGUGUAGCUCAGGAAUGCCCUUUGUUGUUGAGAAAAGGUAUAGAAGAGUUAUUCCCCGGAUGUUUAGACGUUGGUUCUCCACAACUUACUAUAGUUACUAUCAGUCAAUCAAUUAAUCCGAAAGUUAUGAAAUGGAACAAAGAAACAGAAACGGAGAAACUAGCUAAACAUUUUGUAUUAGCAGCUUCGGAUAUUUGUGGAAAAUUGAGAAGAAUGGGUUAUUGGGCAGACUUUAUCAAUCCAUUUAGUGGACAACCACAUUUAAAUUUACAAAAAAAUAGUACUCUUUAUAAAACAGACGAACGUUUCCGUUGCUUAGGAUUUAAAAUAUUACAUAGGAGCAAUUGUAAAGUUAUUUUGUACGAUAAUAAUGCGAGAAAUUUCUCGGAGAACGAAUAAGUCUGAGUGUCUUUUGUAUGAGAAAGAAUGCGAGUGGAUGCAAAGGAAAGUCGCAUUCGGUAAAAAGGAAGAAUAUCAGUCGACUUCCAAUUUGCGGAAAGAACCAGAGAUACCGCAUAAAUCGUCGUUCGAGACGUAUUGGCUGUCCGUCGCUGCAAUCUCUAUGUACAUGUCGUCGAGUUCCUUUAUUCGAGUCCUGUGUUCUCUCAACGUAUUCUUGAAAUUCGCUAUAAAGUGA